AUGCCUCGCAAAUUUUUAACGUUAGAAGCUGCGUUAGGUAAUUUAAACAGCUUAUCCGACAGCGAACUUGAUGACGAACACGAGCAUGAUCUUUGUAUUUUGCUACCUGAUAAACACGCGAGUCUGUGUGAUGAAGAACACAUAAACGAUGAAGCCUUAAAUGAAGUUUAUCCUAAAGAUGUCUGCGGCCAUGUUGACUUGAUGCUUAGCGAUGAAGAUAGAGGUUCAAAUAGUUCAGAUGCUCAGCUUCACAAUUCACGAUAUCAAAAGGGAAACACAACCUCAUGCUCGACUCCAAAAGCAAAGAAGCGGAAACAAGAACCCUAUCCCAGUUGGAAAAAAUAUGCUAAGUUUGAAGAAAAUCUUCCGGGGAAAAAACUCGAAAAAUUGACUGAAAAAUUUCCCAAGCUUCAGGCAAUGGAUCUUCUGCAGAGACGUUUUACGGUUUGUGAGAAGAACGUGCGAAAACGGGCAUUGAAUGUGAAAAAAGACUCCGUUCAUCUUGCUUCCCCCAAUACAAUGGACAAUAAGGAAGAAAAAGUGUCAUUCAGAAAAGAAAAGUUUCGAAUCGAUAACACAGAUCACAUCAUCGACGUGAACAGAGGGAACCUUCCGUUCGAGUACGACCAAGUGAACAUCAUCUGUCCAGCCUACAAACCCGGCACGAAGGAAGAAGACGUUGAAAGAUAUGUCAUAUACAACGUGUCCAAGGAGGAGUACGAUUCGUGCCGCAUCACUAACCCCAACCCUCGCAUUAUUGCUGUCUGUGAUAAACCUCAUCACCUGAGAUACUUCACCAUCACCUUCCGAAACUUCACCCCGCAGCCGGGGGGCCUAGAAUUCACACCGGGCCAGGACUACUACUUCAUAUCAACUUCUCGUAAUGGUUCUGAUGGCCUGCACCAACGUGUUGGUGGUAGGUGUGCCACACAUAACACAAAAGUGAUCUUCAAGGUUUGCUGUGGACCUUCAAAACCCUCCACAACAGAAGUCCCCAGCAGCACCACCACAACGGUGAGCACUACCACCGCCACCACCGCCACCACUCUUCCUCCCUCCACUCCCUUCCGCCGCCCGACGAUGCCGCCCUUCAGGCUGCCCCCCGGCAUCAACACGAGCAAGUAUCCUAAUUACAAAUCCUACGACUUUCCGCGGGAAGAAGAACACGGCAAGAUGCCAUCCAAAAAAACCGAAGAUAGAGACAAAUUGCCAAAUGAAACAAGAGCUAAAAAUGAAGAAUUAAAAAACCAAGCUUCUUUCAUAAAACUACAGCAGAACUGUAUCCUCACAGUGACAACGCUCCUGCUCACACAGUAUCACCACCUACUGGCCAGGUGA